AUGGCGUCACCAAAGAAAAGGCCUAGACUCGACGAUGUCAGUGGCGAUGAAGACGAUAAGCCAGAACCUCUACCGAUCGGCGAGUUGUUCAAAAGGCAUCGAAAGGCUCGUAUCAGAAGGGCUGGAGAUCGGCGGGACGCGCGUGUGCAUCAAGCUAUUUUAAAUGCUCAGUGGGACAGUCUCUCGCCAGAAGCCCAGCAGCAGGAGACUGACAGGAUACAAGGGCACUUGGAUGAAGGUCGGGAUAAAGGUCGGACAUUGAGCGAUGUGUCGGAUAUACCUGGCGCCGAACCUCCUGAAUUCACAGAACAGGACUUGACGGAUAGUGAGGGCGGGGAGAAACCAUUCGAUGAGGAUGAGGAUAGUAGCUCAGAGGAACGUGAGGAUGAGGAUAAGGAUGAGGAUGAGGAUGAGGAUGAGGAUGAGGAUGAGGAUGAGGAUGAGGAUGAGGAUGAGGAUGAGGAUGAGGAUGAGGAUGAGGAUGAGGAUGAGGAUGAGGAGGAUGAGGAUGAGGAUGGGGAUGAGGAUGAGGAUGAGGAUUGGGAUGCCUUUCGAAAUGUAAUCACACAGGAAAAGCGUACUCGAAACGAUACUCAAAGUGCCCUGGAAACAUUUGCCAAAGACAAUCCUCCGCGCUACAAGCAAGGCAAGACAUGGGUUAGCCCGGGACAAGUCGGUACCGGGUCAGGUGGAAACAUAACACUGUGGGUGGCAUACAACGAAACUCACUCCAAGAUCGUUGAUCGAAUUGCCGUCAAAGACCAGUUCCACAACGUCGAUGAAUGGUCGAGUAUCCGCCUUUGGUACGGUGAUCCUCGCAAUUGGGGAACAAGAGAGAUCAUGGAAGUAAAAGCAAUGAGAAAUCUCAACAAAGCCGCUGGCGAUGGCCCAGGAAGUCAUGGGCUCAUCAAGCUGCUUGACUCUCGAGUAUACAUGAAACGCAUGGCUUCCCGGAUUAUCAUGAGCUACUGUGGCCAUGGUGACAUCGAUGGCAUCAUUAGGAGAUAUCAAGAAGCCGGCCAGAAGAUCCCGGAAGCCUUCAUCUGGACAGUAUUCAACGCUCUUGCAGAGGCAUGUGUGCUCAUGAAGUACGGCAACAUUCAGAGCAAAAAGGACGAGACUUGGCAACAAAUUGUGCAUCAAGACAUCAAUCCAAGGAACAUCUUCCUCGACCCAGCAAUUCCCUAUACCACCGCUACUACUGAGCCACCUCCCCGCCCAUUCCCCAGCUAUCAACAACCAGUCCUUGGCGAUUUCGGCAACAGCAUCAUCACCUCCCGCUACGACGAUCUCAAUCCAUAUGCUUACGCCGCGCAGCAUGGCACCCCAGGAUUCCGAGCAGGAGAACAAAUCCCUUGGAUGGAAGACGAUACUUUCUUACCAGUGUACGACGACAAGCUCCUGUCACCAACCAACAUCUAUCAAGUCGGGAUCACCAUCGCAGCCAUGAUGCAUUGCAAAUCAGUCCAAGGCUGGGACGAUGACAAGCUUUGGGAUGGUCCGGUCGAUACGGAACCUGGUGAGAAGCAGAAUAAAGAGUUUGAGUGGGAGCCGGACGAUGUGGAAGAUUUUGAAGCAUACUGGAGGCAGAGCUGGUACUACGGAUCGAGCACAAGACGGACGAUUAUGUAG